AUGGCAGCCAUCGUCGACCGCAGCCCUCCGUCGCAUUCUCCUCCGGGACCUACUGCGAAGCGACCCAGAGGAAUCCUCAAGAACUCGUUCCAGAAAUCCCCUCCCGUCUCGCCCAGCGAAGAGCAUCCCCUCACCGAGAAGGAGCUCACCAUCGUCAACACCCAGUUUAACGCCGGCCAUCGCCGCUCCUCUUCCGCCGCCCGCCCCUCGGCCUCUCGCCGUCAGUCCAGCCGCACCCCCGAGGCCCAGGGUGACGACGACGAGCAGGAUCUGGAGUCGUCUCAGCGCCUCAAGUGGGACGAGGCCAACCUCUACCUCACCGAGCAGGAGCGCACCUCGACUAUGAAGAUCGACGAGCCCAAGACUCCCUACGCCAAGCACUAUGACCCCGCCGAAGACCCCUCCGACGACGAAGAGAUGGCGGACCCCUCGGUUGAGAGGAAGCCUCGCACGGCUCGUGUUGGUCCUCGCGUGGAAGAUGAUAUCCCUGUCAUGUCGCUUGGCGAGCCGGAAGAGGCGAUCCCGGAGAGCGAGUCGUCAAAAGAAAAGGCCCUCAAGGCCGUCCACGUCGACGAAACCGCGAGUUCUCACGGCGGCGACGAUGACGACCUGGCCGGCCUCUCGCCCGAGGAGAGGGAGAAGCACCGACGUUUCGAGCAGUUGCGCAAGAAGCACUACGAAAUGAAGGAUGUGGCCCACUUGUUGGGCCACCCCGAGGAAGUACUCGAGGACGACGACGACGACAGCAGCGCCAACCCGCCUGCUGUCCCUCCUCUUCCACGACCCAGUCAGGCCACCAACGGCCAGGCCUGA